AGGUGGAAAGAGGGUGAACAGGGAAUGCGCCCUCUCCAAGGCUCUGCACUCCCACUGGAGAUGACCGAGGUGCCUCAAUGCCAGGAUGUUCCCCAUUUCUCCCCUCCCCCACCUCUUAGUCGUGUUUUCGUCAACAGUGGCAUCUUUUUGUCUCUGCGUGGUACUCCGUGAUAGCAGGAACAUCCUGGCACACUGAGGCAUGCCUCGUGCGUAGUAUCUGGGGUCCAUUUCUGGAUGGGGGGCCAACAGUGUCCUUGCAAACUGCCCUCCACCUGGUUCCUACCACCAGGGGCACAGGUGCCCAUGUCCCCAGUGGGAGUAUCUGCUAUCCGCUGCCAGUUAGGUUGGGGGGCGGUCUCUCCCAUUUACAGCAAUGGAGUCCUAGCGAGGUUGAGUUAAGACCAGGCGUCUUCUAACCGCUAGAUCCUGGGCAGCCCUGCCCUGCUCUGAGCCAUCCAUGGCUCUCCAGUGUCCCAGCUUGCAUCUGGAGCCCCAGCCACUUGAGAGGUCAAAGUCAUGGCCACUAACAAGGUGCCUGCUCUUGCGUCUGUGUGUUGGUCCGGGCUGUUUGCCCAUCCUCAGAGUCUCUACCUGCUGUUAGGAUCGUCCUUCUGGGGCCCACAGCAACCUCCACGCAGUUUGCCCCUCUCCCCUGAGCCCCAAGCCCCUCCUCCAGCCUGUCCCCUCCUGUGCGCUCGCUCGCCGGACUGUGCGAGGAGAAGAAAGGGGGAGAAGUUUGCUGUGCGCGUGAAUGGGGGGGCGCGCAGGAAGGAGCGGGAAUGACGAGCGGCUGCAGGGGAGGCGCGAAGGCGGGGCAGCAGGGUACAAAUUCGAGGGGCUGCGUCGGGAGCAGAGCGGAGUCGCCCUCCAGACGCGGUGGCCUCCAGCCGAGACCCUUCCCCGGGGUCCGCGGGCGUGUCCCCAGCGGGCGGCCAGGAGGAGGGUCCCCGCGGCGAUCCCGGGGCGCAGUCCGGCGGGCGGCCAGGAGGAAGAGGCCGGAGAAGCCAUGAGCGCCCUGGCCACGUCGGCCCCCAACGCGUCCUGGGGGGCGCUGGCCGACGCCUCGGACGGCCCGGACCCCGAGCCGCGGCCAGUGGACGCCUGGCUCGUGCCGCUGUUCUUCGCCGCGCUGAUGCUCCUCGGCCUGGCAGGGAACUCUCUUGUCAUUUUCGUCAUCUGCCGCCACAAGCAGAUGCGGACGGUGACCAACUUUUACAUAGCCAACUUGGCGGCCACGGAUGUGACCUUCCUGUUGUGCUGCGUGCCCUUCACGGCCUUGCUCUACCCGCUGCCCGCCUGGGUGCUGGGCGACUUCAUGUGCAAGUUCGUCAACUACAUGCAGCAGGUCUCGGUCCAGGCCACGUGCGCCACUCUGACCGCCAUGAGCGUGGACCGCUGGUACGUGACCGUGUUCCCACUGCGCGCCCUGCACCGCCGCACGCCCCGCCUGGCUCUGGCGGUCAGCCUCGGCAUCUGGGUGGGCUCUGCGGCCGUGUCCGCGCCGGUGCUCGCUCUGCACCGCCUCUCGCCGGGGCCCCGCACCUACUGCAGUGAGGUCUUCCCCAGCCGCGCCCUCGAGCGGGCCUUCGCUCUCUACAACUUGCUGGCGCUCUACCUGCUGCCGCUGGCCGCCACCUGUGCCUGCUACGGGGCCAUGCUGCGCCACCUGGGCCGCACCGCCGAGCGCCCCGCGGCCACCGACAGCGCCCUGCAGGGGCAGCUGGGGGCAGAGCGAGCUAGCGCCGUGCGGGCCAGGGUCUCCAGGCUGGUGGCCGCGGUGGUCCUGCUCUUCGCUGCCUGCUGGGGCCCCAUCCAGCUGUUCCUGGUGCUGCAGGCGGUGGGCCCAGCGGGCGCCUGGCACCCGCGCAGCUACACCGCUUACGCGCUCAAGAUCUGGGCACACUGCAUGUCCUACAGCAACUCCGCGCUGAAUCCGCUGCUCUACGCAUUCCUGGGCUCCCACUUCCGACAGGCCUUCCUCCGGGUCUGCCCCUGCGCUCCCCGGAGGCCCCCGCAGCACCGGGGGUCUGGACCCUCAGACCCCACCGCCCCCCACACGGAGUUGCACCGCCUGGCCGCCCACGCGGCGACCGCCAGGACCCAGACGCCAGGGAGCCGUGUGUGUGUCCCGAGGGAGCACACAGGCUGUGUGUCCUGAGGGAACGCGCUGCCCCUCUCUGGGCCAACUCUGGGGGAUAGAGCUGGGCCCCUCUGGGACAGGGGCUGCUUGAAGAGCAGCUGCUACUAUAUGGUUAUAAUCAAUGUCUUUAUUUCCGUGCAACAUAAUCAUAGUGAAAACGUCUUGUCCUCCUGAUGGUUCCGUACAAAUUUGCUGCUAUUGAUAUUGUAAUGAGUUAUUUCUGUAUUUCCUGGAAUUGAAUACACUUGGAUACUGGCACUCUCUGGAACUUUCCCCCAAAGCAUCAACAGACAUUUUUCACACACUGCCUUGCAAUGGUAGCACUGUAAGCUUCAUCCCAUUCUCCAGAAAUAUUAAAAUGUGA